AUGCAUGAAUCAUUAGAUCCUAUAAUGAAUCAAUUAGAUCUCUUGGACACGUUGCUAUAUCUUGAAGAUUCAUUGAUAUCCGAUUUUUUCAGGCGGUCAAAUACGAUGCCUUAUUUUUGUGUGAGCUGGAUUAUCACAUGGUGUAGCCAUGACCUUCAUGAUUUCUCCAAAGUUACACGUUUAUUUGACUUUUUUAUUUCGUCAAACCCAUUGAUGGCCUUAUAUUUAACAGCUAGAGUGAUUAUCAGCCGUCGUAAAGAAUUACUCUUACUGGAAUGUGAUAAUGCAAUUAUCCACGGAUUUUUAUCAAAAUUUCCACAAGAAAUUGAUGUUGACGAUCUGAUUUUCCGAACUACUCAACUUUAUCAAAAAUAUCCUCCCCAUGAGCUUCAGGAAAUUUCUGGUUUAUUUCUUGAUAAAACGUCAAGCAUAAAUUUGUAUGAUAAACACUGGUUGAUCUUAAAGGCUGAUGAUACUGUUGAUUACUCUGAAGCAAACAGAAUCCUCCUAUUGCCGCCAUCAGAAAGAAAACCUGAUCACAUUGUCAAACCGAAAAACAAAAGAUAUUUCUCUAAUCUUAGCAAAACGCAUACCAUCGCUCUUCUUUUUGCCGCUUCGGCAUCUGUAGUAGCCGUAGUGUUGAUAGCAUCUCGCUGGUUUAUGAGGCGAGUUAAAUUACCUAUGUUUACGAAAAAUUCAUCAAAUCGCACUGAUAGUUCUGAAAACUAUUUCGCCUGUUCUACGUUUUCAUAUACGAACCCAUUUUCUUUCAGUAAU